AGGGUCGAGCGCCGGAGCUUGGGAGGAGAGAGCGAUGUGAGUGCUCCCAGAGUCUGGCCGGGGCAGAACUCCUGCCUCUUCCCUCCUCUCCUUCCUCCAGCCUUUCCGCUCCGCUCUCGGGAGACACGGAGCUCGUCUGCCUUCCCAAUGGCCCCACCUCGCUUGGGAUUUCUGCUCCUCCUGGCUUGCUGCUUCUCCUGCUCUGAAACACAGCUCCUGCACUGGGUUUGGGACAGCAGGAAGACCACAGGAAGCCCAGCAGCACCCGGCGAGGGAAUCCCGGCGUUGGAGCCGCCAACCUCAGCAGCAGCUCCGGCUCCCAGCCCAUCUCCGGGGACGUGGGGCGGUGAGGUGGCGGGGAAUGUCACCACCCCACGGCGGCAGGAGCCAGAUCCUGCUACAGCAGCUCCUGGGGGCGAGGGAACCGCAGCCAAAACCACGGAGCAGUGGGACAGGAAUGCCAUGGUGGAGAGCACUGUGUGGCCAAGCAUCGCUCCUCCCCACAGCAUGUCACCUGCCCCAGGACAGCAGGCGGCCAGCAGCCCCACCGAUGACCCUCGGCUCCUGGGGACAGGGACCAUUGAGCACUUCCAGAUCCUGGGGUCAGGAAACACUGAGGAUCCCCAGCUCCUGGGGACAGGGACCAUCGAGGACCUACAUCUCCUGGGGUCAGGAAACACUGAGCACCUGCAGCUCCUAGGGACAGGGACCACUGAACAUCUACAGCUCCUGAGUAUGAGGACAGCCAAAGAAGCCCAGUUCCUGGGGUCAGUGACCUCCAAGGAUGCACAGCUCCUGGGGACAAGGACUACUGAGGACCUGCAGCUGCUGGAAUCAGGGACUACUGAGAACCCACAGCUCGUGAGGAUGGGGACCACUGAGGACCCCCAGCUUCUGGGGUCAAGGACCUCUAAGGACCCUGAGCUCCUGGGGUCAGGGACUACUGAGGAUUUACAGCUGCUGGGGUUGGGCACCACUGAGGACCCUCAGCUCUUAGGGAUGAUAAGUACCACAGAAGACCCACAGCUCCUGGGGACAUGGACCACAGAAGACCCACAGCUCCUGGGGAAAGGGACCACUGAGGACCUACAGCUCCCAGGCAUGUUGACCACUGAGAAUCUGCAGCUCCUGGCGAUGAGGAACACCAAGGACACCCAGCUCCUGAGGACAGUGACCCCUGAGGACCCAGAGCUCCUGAGGACAGUGACCACCGAGAAUCCAGAGCUCCUGGGGACGGGAACUCCUACAGCAAUGGAGACACAGGUGUCCUUGCAGAGACCAGCGGGUCCCCAGCCAGGUAGUGCCCCUUUUCCUUUCUCACCAGGUGACAGUACCCGUGAGCGGGCACUGCCCUUCCAGGACCCCUCAGCACAACUUCCCCAUCACCCGCAUGGAGCAUCACCAAGCCUGUGGCACGGCACCGGCCACCCGGGGCUGGCUCUGGUCAGCAGGAAUGGGAGCCAGGGCCCCCCUUGGCCUGACCAGAGGGUGGAUAAGGGUGUGGAUCUUCCUGCUGCCCGUACCUCCGUCUCUCUGGAGUUUGAUUUACUAACCGCUACCAUGCGGCUCUACGGGAGUGGCGGCGCGGGGCUCGCAUCCUUCUUUCCAGGACUGAUGACAGUGGCCGGCCGUUGCCAGCCCAUCCCAACCCACCUGCCCUUCUGCAGCCUGCUGGGCACCAGCCAUGUCCGAUUGCCAAAUUACCUCCGGCACGGCAGCGAGGAGGAAAUUCGGGUGGCUUUGCAUGAGUGGGAGGGGCUGCUUGAGUCACGGUGCCAUCGCUACCUGGAGUGGUUCCUCUGCUUGCUGCUGCUCCCCGGCUGUAGCCCCUCGGUCCCCGUAACCCCCCCGCCGUGCCAGGGCUUCUGUGAGGCCGUCAGAGACCUGUGUUGGACUCACUUGGCCAGCGGGCGCCUGCCUCUGCCUUGCGAUGCUCUCCCUGAGGAGGAUGAAGGGGUUUCUUGUGUCUUUAUUAAUUCUUCUGCAGAGAGCCUGAGUGCAGAGGUCAGCCUGCUGGAGCUGAUUGGGGACCCGCCAACGGAGGAGAUCCACAGAAUUUAUGGCCCCGACAACAACCCUGGCUACGUCUUUGGUCCCAACGCCAACACGGGCCAGGUGGCCCGGUACCACCUGCCAAGCCCUUUCUACCGGGACUUCUCGCUGCUGUUCCACAUCCAGCCCACCACGCCCCGGGCCGGCGUGCUCUUUGCUGUCACGGACUCCUCGCAGAGCAUCAUCUACGUGGGUGUCAAGCUCUCAGAGCUGCGGGCGGGCCAGCAGCAGAUCAUCUUCUACUACACAGAGCCGGGCUCACCCAGCUCCUACCCAGCUGCCACCUUCACCGUGCCCACCCUGCUCAACCAGUGGACACGCUUUGCCAUCAGCGUAGAGGAGGAGGAAGUCGUCCUCUACUUGGACUGUGAGGAGCAUGAGCGCGUCCGCUUCGAGCGCUCCCCGGAUGAGAUGGAGCUGGAAGAGGGCUCCGGGCUCUUUGUUGCUCAGGCUGGAGGGGCUGACCCAGAUAAAUACCAGGGGGUGAUUGCAGAUUUGAAGCUGCGAGGUGACCCGCGAGCGGCCGAGCGCCAGUGCGAGGAAGAGGAGGAUGACACAGAGGUCUCUGGGGAUUUUGGCAGCGGGAUGGAAGGUGGACAGAAGUUCUCGGGCAAGGUAGAGGGUGUCCCAGGGCUGGUGGAGGCUGUCCCCGUGACCUCUCCCCCCGUGGCGGGGGGCAGUGGCCCGAGGAGUGGCGGGGGGUCCCUGCAGCAGGCCGAGAGGACCAGGGUGGAGGAGACGCUGCAGGUCUCCACGGGAGGCACCGGCCGGAAAGGCGAAAAGGGGGAGAAGGGGGAACGUGGCUUGAAAGGGGACUCAGGGACCGAUGGCACCAUAGGGCCAGGCAGUGUCAAGGGUCAAAAGGGUGAGAAAGGAGACCUGGGUGUCAAGGGCAGUGCUGGAUUUGGCUACCCUGGCUCUAAGGGCCAGAAAGGAGAACCAGGUGACCCUGGACCCCCUGGGGCCCCGUCUUGGCACACUGAUGGCUCGGUGGUGGAGCAGGUCACCGGCCCCCCAGGGCCACCAGGGAAGGAUGGAGCCCCUGGCAGGGAUGGCGAGCCUGGCGAUCCUGGCGAGGACGGCAAACCUGGUGAAAUGGGGCCCCCGGGGUUCCCUGGGCUGCCAGGGGAGCCGGGCCUGAAGGGGGAGAAGGGUGACCCAGGCAUGGGGCCGAGGGGACCUCCUGGACCACCUGGCCCUCCAGGACCGCCGGGACCUUCCUCCAAGAAUGACAAGCUGACCUUCAUCGACAUGGAGGGCUCAGGCUUCGGUGGUGACCUGGAGAGCCUGCGGGGUCCACAAGGGCCACCUGGUCCUCCAGGGCCACCUGGUGUACCUGGUUUGCCAGGAGAGCCAGGACGGUUUGGGAUGAACCGCACAGACCUGCCAGGACCACCAGGGCUGCCGGGCAGGGAUGGGAUCCCUGGGCCCCCGGGGCCAGUGGGUCCUCAGGGUCCUCCAGGAAGAGACGGGGAGGCUGGGCAGCCAGGGCCCAAAGGAGAGCGGGGCGAUGUGGGUGACCUCGGCCUCCCUGGCCUACCGGGACCCAAGGGCAACAAAGGAGAAGUGGGACCGGUGGGACCCCCAGGAGAAAUGGGCUUAGCUGGCCUUCCCGGGCCCAUCGGACCCCGAGGGCAGCCAGGGCCCCCCGGCCCCCCAGGACCACCAGGGCCAGGCUACGAUGCUGGAUUUGGUGACAUGGAGGGCUCGGGGCUGUCAUUCAGCCCUGGACCACCUGGACCUGAAGGACCACAGGGUGUGCCGGGACUGCCAGGGGUGAAGGGAGAGGUUGGCAGCCCCGGACAGCCUGGCUUGCCAGGACCAAAGGGAGAUGCUGGCAUGCCUGGUGUGGAUGGCCGCCCUGGCCUGGAGGGCUUCCCUGGACCACAGGGACCCAAAGGUGACAAAGGCAGCGCCGGUGAGAAGGGAGAGCGAGGCCAAGAUGGAGUGGGCCUGCCUGGCCCCCCUGGACCACCUGGUCCCCCUGGACAGGUCAUCACUGUCUCCAGUGAAGAUAAGUCAUUGGUGGCUUUUCCUGGUCCAGAGGGAAGACCAGGCCACGCUGGCUUCCCGGGUCCAGUGGGACCGAAAGGUGACCAGGGGUCAACUGGUCCCCAGGGUGCCCCAGGGUUGAAGGGGGAGAAGGGGGAGCCCGGUGUCAUCAUCAGCCCUGAUGGGACCGUGGUCACUGCCAAGGUGAAGGGAGAAAAGGGGGAGCCGGGGCUGCGGGGCCCAAUGGGACCAUCGGGUCCCCCGGGACGAGCAGGGAUGAAGGGAGAGAUUGGCUUUCCGGGCAGACCCGGACGUCCCGGCAUGAACGGGCUGAAGGGCGAGAAGGGUGACCCCGCGGAUGUGCUGGGCUUGCGGGGCCCCCCAGGCCUCCCAGGACCCCCUGGGCCCCCUGGGCCACCUGGCAGCAUAGUCUACAACAAUGGCAAUACCUUCAGCGACUCUGGCCAUCCGGUGUUCCCUGGUUUCCACCAGUUCCCAGGACAAAAGGGAGAAAAAGGUGACACUGGACCCCCAGGACCCCCAGGCCAGUUCCCCUAUGACGUGAGUCACUUCAGUACCAGCCUGCGGGGUGACAAGGGGGAUGCAGGUCCCAAGGGUGAGAAGGGCGAGCCAGGCAGCACCCCACUCUAUGGUGCUGGAGUCUCUGGACUUCCAGGGCCUCCAGGGCCCCAGGGAUACCCUGGGCUGCCGGGUCCCAAGGGGGACAGUAUUGUUGGGCCACCGGGGCCUCCAGGACCUCAGGGUCCCCCUGGUAUCGGAUAUGAGGGGCGGCAAGGCCCCCCUGGCCCUCCUGGUCCUCCCGGGCCACCCUCCUUCCCAGGUCCUCACAGACAAGCUGUCAGCAUCCCUGGACCCCCGGGACCACCAGGACCCCCUGGACCGCCAGGCACUAGUGGGAUGUUCUUGGGGAUCCGGGCCGUGCCCACGUACCAGGCAAUGCUGAGCAGCGCGCACGAGCUGCCUGAGGGCAGCCUCGUCUUCCUGACCGACCGGCAGGAGCUCUAUGUCCGCCUGCGUGGGGGCUUCCGCAGGGUGCUGCUGGAGGAACACAACCUGAUCCCCAGUUCGGCUCUGGACAACGAGGUGUACGACAAGCCGCCCACCCUCCGCUACGCUGGCCCCCAGCCCCAUGGGCCCCUGCACCCGCUCCGCAACCAUGUCCCCCCAGCCACCGCCCGUCCCUGGCGUGGGGACGAGGUGGUGGCCAACCAGCACCGCCUGCCCGAGCAGCCCUUGCUGCACCACCAGCAUGAACUCAUCAAUGGGUACUACAUCCACCGCCGGCCAGAUCCUGUGCCCGUGGCCGCCCAUGUGCACCAGGACUUCCAGCCUGCACUUCACCUGGUGGCCUUGAACACCCCGCUGAGUGGCGGCAUGCGCGGCAUCCGGGGCGCCGAUUUCCAGUGCUUCCAGCAAGCCCGGCAGGUCGGGCUGGCUGGCACCUUCCGCGCCUUCCUGUCCUCACGCCUGCAGGAUCUCUACAGCAUCGUGCGCAGGGCCGACCGUGCCACCGUCCCCAUCGUCAACCUCCGGGAUGAAGUGCUCUUCAAUAACUGGGAAGCCCUUUUCAUGGGCAGCGGGGCCCCACUGCAAGCUGGUGCCCGCAUCCUCUCAUUUGAUGGCCGGGAUGUCCUGCGGGAUGCGGGAUGGCCGCAGAAGAGUGUCUGGCACGGCUCGGAUGCCAAGGGCCGGCGCUUGCCCGAGAGCUACUGCGAGACGUGGCGGACAGAGGAGCGCACAGUCACCGGCCAGGCUUCGUCCCUGGCCUCUGGAAAACUGCUGGAGCAGGUGGCCAGCAGCUGCCAGCACGCCUUCAUCGUCCUCUGCAUCGAGAACAGCUUCAUGACCUCCGCCAAAAAGUGAUACCUGCCCUGGUGCCCCCUGGUACCCCCAUGUCCCCGGGAAGGGUAGGGCCAACCUGCACCCCAGCACCCCUGGGCCCGUCAGCCCCCUUCACACACCCACUCCCACCCUGCAGGGUUUCCUUCUCCCACAGACCUGAAGCCAAAGAAGUAUUGCCAUGGCCCCUGCCCAGGGUCGGCAGGGGCUCAGGUCCCACUUGGGGCAGAGCAGCCAUGGGCCGGCAGCCUUCCUCCUCCUCUUCUAACUCCUAAUAUUUUUAACCACUUCAGCUGGUUCCUCUCCCUGCUCGGAUACUCCUUUUGGGGUGGCUGGGUGGGAGGAAGCUUGACAGGGAGAUUUCAGUACUGCCAUGUGGGCUGUCCCCCACAAAAGCCUGUGUGGGCUCUCUCACCAGCCCCCUGGCCCCGUACUAUCCUCACUAGGAGGUUGGGGUUGGGCCCAAAUCCCUGAUGAUGAGGCCAUGGGGUCUUCUCCAGCCAAGACCCCAGCAUCCUACCCAAGGGACUGUCCCAUGGCGAUGCUGGGGCUCUCCCAGAUGGUCUCCGUCCUCCCCAGGUAAGGACCAUCACCUCAUCAUCCUCACCUCUACCUCCCAGCCAGAAGAGCUCUGGUGGGGGUCUAGUCUCCCCUAUCCCAUCCAUGCACCCUGGGGAUUCCCAGCUGUGCCCCCACAGCCCAGGUACAGCCACAGCCAGCCCAGCACAGGUACUGGAGUGACAGGGUGACCCUGAGGCAUGGCACAUGUUUCUCUGUGUCUGUGGGUGUUGGGCACAUGUGGUACCAAGGGUAGGUAUUGCCAUCCCCCCCUCCCUGUGCCACCUUUGCUGGGCUCGAAUGGCGAAGGCGCAGCAAAGCUGGUUGGAAUUGGUGUGGGCAAAUCCAAGGUGCUAAAUAAAAAAAAAACCAAAAAAAAAAGGAAAAAGGAGAAAUCUGUAACUAGCUUUUUUUUGUUAUUGUAUGGAAAUUAUUACCAUAAAAGCUGUGCGAGUCACACGGUCUCUAUUUCUUACAGUCUACUGUAUUUUGUGUAAUUAAUGCAAUUUAAAGCCUGUGGAUCUUUAUAUUAUUUUUUUGUUGUCAGUUGUGUCCUAUAAACCAUUUUCUAAAGGCACUGAAUAAAGAAACAUCCUCUUGUA